GUCCCCGCGGGCGUCACGUGUGGUGCCGACGGCCAUGGCGGGAAGCGAACGGCGCAGCGGGACCAGCUCCUCCCCGCCGCCGCCCAGCGACUGGUGCCGCCUGGAAGCGGCCAUCUUCAGCGGCUGGAGGGCCUUCUGGCAGUCGGUGGGCAAGGAGAGGGCGGCGCAGAGGGCCCCGGGGAAAGAGGCGGACGAGGCGGCCAGUACCCUGACGCGGCUGCCGAUUGAUAUACAGCUAUAUAUUUUGUCAUUUCUUUCACCUCAUGACCUAUGUCAGUUGGGAAGCACAAAUCAUUAUUGGAAUGAAACUGUACGCGAUCCAAUUCUGUGGAGAUAUUUUCUGUUGCGGGAUUUUCCUUCUUGGUCUUCUGUUGACUGGAAGUCUUUUCCAGAUCUAGAAAUCUUAAAAAAACCUAUAUCUGAGGUCACUGAUGGUGCCUUUUUUGACUACAUGGCAGUCUAUAAAACAUGCUGUCCAUAUACAAGAAGAGCUUCGAAAUCCAGCCGUCCUGUGUAUGGAGCUGUCACCUCUUUUUUACACUCACUGAUCAUUCAGAAUGAACCACGAUUUGCUAUGUUUGGACCAGGUUUGGAAGAACUGAAUACAUCUUUGGUGUUGAGCUUGAUGUCUUCCAAGGAACUUUGCCCAAUGGCUGGUUUACCUCAGAGACAGAUUGAUGGUAAUUUUCAUAUUAAUUUACAGUACAUAAUAAUUCAAACAUUAUUACAAGUAAUGCAAAUUAAGGGUUUUGACUUAUACUCCUUAGGACAUGACUGGAAAGAUGAAUUUUCUCAUAUUAUGGCAAUGACAGAUCCAGCUUUUGGAUCUUCAGGAAGACCAGUGUUGGUUUUAUCUUGUAUUUCUCAAGCAGACGUAAAAAGAAUGCCCUGUUUUUAUUUGGCUCAUGAGCUGCGUCUAAAUCUUCUAAAUAACCCAUGGAUGGUCCAGGAUACAGAAGCUGAAACCCUAACUGGUUUUUUGAAUGGCAUCGAAUGGAUUCUUGAAGCAGAAUCUAAACAUGCAAGAUGAUCCUCCAUUUGGACUUUGCGAACUGAAGCCAUUUGAAAGUUGUUCCUAAGGUCAUGAUGUGGUUAUUUGCUCAGUCAGCCUACUUUGUCCUGCCUUCUUUUCAGGUGGGCUUUAUAUUGGACAGCUGUAGCUGCUGUGUUUGUGAUAUUAUUCUUAAUUUUUAUCUUAAAUCAAUUACAAGAAAAAAGUUUCAAUCCUAGUAUUUAGCCCCAAAAUGAACCUUUAAACAUUUUUUUUGGUAACUUUUAUAUUUCCUGUCUUUUAAAAAAUAUUAAAUUCUGGAAAAAACAA